CAGAAUUUUACCCACACGCACCCGACCACCCGAACGCAAGCAUCGUUGUACCUGACAACAAAGACACUUCCGUUGGACGAGCAAGAUCUCGAAGAUGUUAAGACUUUAACGGAUGCUAGUGUUUCUUCCAAGCACAUUACGAACUUCCUGAAUGAGAGAAUCGGUGCGUAG